GCAAAGGGCAGAGACGCUAUUUGCAUGCGGAGCAAGAGCACCUCCCUUCGUGCAAGGCAGAUUCUCCGACUCCUCUAACCGGACUUUCCUCUCUUGUGCUGCCCGCAGAGGAGGAAGUAACAUCGGGGGACUCGCACGUCUCCUCUCCGCUCAACUCUGGAAAACAACCACCAAACUUCCGUAACCUUUUAACAACUUUUUUUUUAGUUUUAUCCACCCCCAUCAAAUAUGUCGGUACAGACGAGCCAGAAAACCACAACGACCACCUACCGGACCAUGAACGUGGCCUCGCCCUCGCCGGAGCCAGUGAGCGGAGGCGCGGUCUUGACGACGACGACGGCUCGCUCGGCCUCCCCGCUGCAAUACACCGCAGUCAACGGCAACUACAGCACGCUUCGCUACCUGGUUCCGGUCCAGCCGGCCGUGCAGCAGCAGUCCUACGUGCUCAUGCAGCAGCCAGUCAUGCAGCAGCCACUCAUGCAGCAGCCACUCAUGCAGCAGGUGGUAUCUCCCGUGUACCUGCAGGGCGUCCCCCGCUUGAGCGUCAGCAGCCUGGACUCGGACCUGGUGUUCCAGCAGCAGACCACGGAGGAAGAGGAAGAUGAGGCGGUGGAGGUGGAGGAGGUGGAGAUCGUCAACGUCAUCCAGCAAAAGCCACCGCCGGCCAUUGAGAAGAUCUCCAGAACGGAAGUGAGGACUGACCUGAGCGACAUCCAGGAAAAUAAAUUAGACACACGCUACUUCGCAGCCCUGCUGGCAGACGUGUACAGAAAGAACUGCGACAUCCACUCCUGCAUCUCCGAGCAUGUGUCCAAGAUCAGAGGACAGAAACUGGAUCUCAGCAACGACAAGGGGGAGGACGUAGAAGCUCUUCUCCCUAAGGGAGCCACUGAACUGACCAAACAGCAAAUCCGAUACCUUCUGCAGACACGCCUGACUGCCGAUAAGAGCAUGCGUCUGCUGUUGUCCACCUUCAGCAGCCUGAGAGAGGAACUCCUUCACAUGUCCGAAGACUUGCGGCGUCUGGAGAAUGAGAAGGAGUCCCUGGAGAGAGACCUGGCGUUCAAAGCGGAUCAGGCUCGGCAGUACGACAGCCUCCUGGAGGAUGUCCGUGAAAACAACCGUCAGCUUCAGCUGUCCCUGAAACAAACCACAGCUUCCCAGCGUUCCCUGGAGAGCCAGCUGAUGAGCGCCCGAAACAACGACUCUGGUCGCGACUUCACCAUCAAAGAAUUGGAGGUGCGCAUCAGGGCUUUGGAGAAGGAAAAUGAGAUGCUGCGACAGAAGGCAGGCCAGGCCAACAGCACCACGCUGCACAUCAGGACCGAAGAAUUGUCGCGUCAAUUUAGCGAGCAGCUCGGAGCGAUGAGACAGGAAAAGGACAAAGAGAUCGAACGGCUGCGGACUCAGAUUAUAAGGAUGCAAACAGAGAUCACCACCGAGAGGUCCUCGUCGGCGUCAGAGAAGAGCCUCCAGUUGAAGAUCUCGGAGCUGCUGGCCAUGCUGGAGCAGAGACAGACCACUAUUAAGAGACAGGAGGAGGAGAUCAGGAGGCUCAUGACGGACAGGACCGACAGCUCCAAGAACGUCACAAAGACCAUCAUCACAAAGAGAUACAGAAACCAGUACCCCAUUCUUGGCCUGCUGGGUGACGACUACCAGACCACUUCGUCUCUAAACGAGGACAAGACCAUCGUCAUCGAGAGUAGCGGGGAGGUUAUCAGACGGGAAUGAGAGAAGAAGAAGAAGAAGAUCGAGACAUUACCCGUCCUGUCUCCACCAUCGUCCCGAGUCUACCCUAAACAUGGGAUUCUCACAUUUUCAUGACUUUUUACACACAAAAUACUAAUUCCAGAAAUACUACAUUGACUAAUUAGCAGCAAAAAUGCUUUUUAGAUUUUCCGUAGAGCCAUCACAGGCACACGGAAGGUGGAAUUGUUGCUAUUCUGCAUGUAAAUAUUUAAAUAUAUAUUUGUGAUACGGGCGUGCUCAGUUUAAAGUUUUGAGAAACGCCGUGAUAAAUGUCCGGGGGAGUUUUGCUUUGCAAUUUAGAUCAUAAUCUAUUUAAGGAUUGUAUUUUUUUUCACAGACAGUGGGAGAGAGGUUGCAUGAAGAGAUUGAAGGUGCUUGGGUCAGAUGGGGCCUUGGUUUACUGCUUUUAAGAACAUUUUUUAAAGCAUAGUAUGAUCUUUAUUGUGUUGUUAGUGUUGUGAAUUGGGUUGAAACGGCUGCAGCUAACCUACAGUUAGUGACCAUGUUGCAUGGAAACCGCCUUAAAUGUUCUAAAAGAACAUUUAGCAUAAAUAUUUUUGAAAAAUUGAGCGCUAGCACAUCUUUAGGCAGCACAAACCCACAAAUAUGGUUAUCCUAUAUACAGUAAUCACAUUUCCACCAAACAUUACAGUUCAGUUUAGGUUGAUAAAAGUAAACAAAGAACAUUUGUCAAUACAUAUAUCGGCAGCAGCUCUUCCCACAAACAAAUGGCCAAUAUUGGCAUAUCGACUUCCAUCUUUUUGGUACCCCAAAACAGGGGCAACAAAAGGUGCCUAAUAUUUAAUACCGUACCAUACUGUACCGUGCCGUAGUUCCUGGUGGAAACUGUCCAAUUAGUAGUACUUUGAGUCAUUGGCAUGCUCCCAAGUUGGCUAUUUACUUCCCAGUAUGCUAAGCUAAUUUAACUGGUUGUAGCUAAUUUAUGAAUAGAUGCUAUAUAUGUGCUUGUAUUUUUCUGUGUUUCUAAGCGAUUUGGGGCAGCUUUAGCUCAGCUACUGUGUUUCUGCUGUAAUAAGUUUGGGAAUAAAAUCAAUAACUUCCAA